AUGAAUAGGAUAUUUCACCCAUAUCUUGAUAGGUUUGUAGUAGUCUUCAUAGAUGACAUCCUUGUAUAUUCUAAGACUAGGGAGGAGCAUGUUGAGCACCUUAGGAUUCUCAAUCAAACCGUUAAGGAGAAGCAGUUGUAUGCUAAGUUGUCUAAGUGUGAGUUUCGGCUUAAUAGUGUAAGCCUUUUAGGACAUGUGAUCUCUGAAGGAGGGAUAGUUAUAGAUCCUUCUAAGAUAGAAGCAGUACUUGAGUGGAAAGCACCUAAGUCAGUUUUUGAGAUUAGGAGUUUUCUAGGACUAGCUGGGUAUUAUAGGAGGUUUAUAGAGGGUGUUUCUAAGCUAGCCUUACCUUUGACCAAAUUGACUAGGAAGAAGCAACCUUUUGUGUGGGACUCUAAGUGUGAAGAGAAAUUUCAGGAGCUUAAGAGGAGGUUAACUAGUGCCCCUAUUUUAGUGUUACCUGACCCUAGUGAAACCUUUGUAGUGUAUUGUGAUGCCUCUAUGAUGGGUUUAGGAGGGGUGCUUUUGUAG